CCAACCUUAGUCGACUGUUACCUGGGAGAGUAGAGUGACAAAUUUUUUUAACGCUAUCGACCGGUAAUGGUGUCACAAGACGGGUCCGUUUCAAACCUUGUCAUUAAAUAUAAUCCCACAGCUGCCACAAAAAAAAUGAAUGAAGCGCGGAGUUAUUAAGAAGCCGGGAGUGUGGUGUAAAACGUCAAAUUUAUUAUUAGAAUUUUCCCCUGUAUUUGCUUCAUAGUGUUUGUUAUACGUUGUUUAACCAAUUCGUUGAAUGUUCACAUGCCGUUCCCAUUGCGACGCAGUCGUUAGACUAAUUCAGGAAGCGCGAGGACAAAAAAAAAAAAAAAAAAAAGGAUGGCGAGCGGAUAGCACACUUAGCAGAGGAUGAAAAGUAAAAGUCGUCCUGCUGGGCAAGCCUGUUGCCUACUGAAAGAUUUGCAAUAAGACCGAUGCAUGUUUAUAAUACAGCCGAAAUGUUCGUUCGGAGGCUGUCGUCGCCCUUGUUACAGAGAAAUGCCAUCUACAGAAAGCAUGAAACAAGAACUGCCAAAAACGGUUACGGGUUCUGUGCAGCGAUAACGUUUCGACUUGUUUGUCCUGGGCCCAGGCGUGGGAACUUUGGAACGCUCACUAAAAGAUUGUGCAAUGAUGUCAAUUACAGCUCCGCUUUGCGGGGAUUCUUUCUCUUGUAUAAGCAGUUCAAUGCAAAUUGGCUUGUGCUCAAGCGAUAACGGGACUCGAAGCUUCAUACAAAAUUAACGGGUGACGGGUGACGCAGUAGUAACGGAAAUGCAAUACUCGUUGGGCAUUUAAGAUUUAAAGAAUCCGCUAACGUGGUACGGAGAAACCUGACGCAUUGCGAGUGAAAAAAUUUCUUGUAACGCGUUACUUCCAUCACUGUCCUCCCCGCCCAAUCCCAAAGCCCGCUGACGCGGGCACUACAAGAAGGAAGACGCCCCCCUGGGCAUCGAGACAAAGCUCGAAGCGCACUUGGCCGUACGACCGCGUGCAACGGUCCGUCCACGCCGCAGUCUGGGCGGCCGAGAGCCCAGCGUUAUCGCCAGUCGCCAUGCCAACACGUGCAAACAGGGGGGAACCUCACCGAUGUCCAAAGGUCGCUGAUAGCCGUCUAUCUCCUGUACACAUACACGGGCCGGCGGCGGUCCACUAGGCGGACCAAUCAGCGAGUGGCUCGACCAGGCAGGAGCUGUCGGCCAUUUUGAGGGCCCCGGCAUCCACGAGACUCUCCUCUAGGCGCCAUAAAGCCACCCGUGGGUCAUCACGUCCUGGGGAGACUCCCGCUGCACUCUGACCACAGGAACCAUCGUCGAGAACCUCGGCUUCUGAAAGGGACAUGGAAGAACCGCAGGUUCCGCAGGCGGGGCUUCAACAGCACCAGCAGCAGCAACGUGCAGGACUGAACUCGGCCGAGCCUUCCAACAGCUGGGCGAUGGAGCAGGAGCUGCAGCAGAAAGCCGCCCAGCAAGCGGCGCAGCAGGCGGCGCAGCAGGCGGCCCAACAAGCCGCCCAGCAAGCCGCGCAACAAGCCGCCCAACAGGCCGCGCAGCAAGCCGCCCACCAAGCCGCUCAGCAAGCCGCCCAACAAGCCGCCCAGCAGCAGGCAGUUCAACAAGCCGUACACCAGGUGGCCGCACCGCCGCAGCAGCUGCAGCAGCAGGCGCAGCCGCCGCCGCACUCGUGGUCCCCAAAGGGUGGAGCGCCUUCCCCAGACGGUCCCCAGAAUUCCCUAGGAUGCCCCACCCCUUCAGGGGCUGAGGAAAGAGAGGCGUCUCCCGAAGGCGUUCCCUGCGAGGGCCCCGCCCCGUCGGAGGCCCCGCCCCCGGCGAGCUCCCCGUCGGGCCCUCAGGGCCCCACUCCGGUGGCCGUGACCAGCUUCGCGCCGGGCGAAGAGCACAGCCCGGCGAGCAUCAGUAGCCUCAAGGCCCUGAACCCCGCGGACGCCCUGCCCCCCGCACAGGGCGAUGACAAGGAGCUGCUGUAUCAGUCGCUCGGUUCGUCCACCAUCAUGGUCAGCACGUACGGCGCGGCGCAGUACGCCCAGGGCUACUCCAGCUCGCCGUACCCCAACAGCCGCCCCGAGCACGUCUACGUGAAGGCCGGCGGAGGCCUGAGCCCGCCGCCGGCGUACGGGCACCAGGGCGCCGAGCUGAGCGGGGGCUCGCCGCCGCCCAUGUACUCGUCGUCGCUGAUGUACGUGCCGCAGACCCAGGGCCAGGCCUGGCAGCAGGGACUGGAGCAGGGCCACAACGGCUACGCGCUGCAGCCGGCCGCUCUGAGUCCCGGCUCGGCGGCGCUCGUCGAGUCCGACGCGAGGGCCGCCAACGGCUUCGCGGGCUUCCCGACCCAGUACGUGCGCUCGGACAUGCCGUGGUCCGUGUACGACAACAGCUCCACGCUGGCCGUGCAGCAGCACGCCUACACGGACUCCAUGGGACGGAUACUCUCGCCCGAGCGCCUGCAGGAGUUCUACAGCAACGAGAGCAAGGAGUGCGUGAACUGUGGCGCCAUCUCGACCCCGCUGUGGCGCCGCGACUGCACGGGACACUACUUGUGCAACGCCUGCGGCCUCUACUCCAAGAUGAACGGGGCCAACCGACCCCUCAUGAGGCCCCCCAAACGGCCGAGCACGUGCAAUUCGCCAGCCUCUGCCGGAGAUGAACUGGGCUUCCAUGUCACUGACAGCCCAAGAUCGACAGGGCCUGGUCAAUGCUGGACGCCGGAGGCCCCCGACAUACGCGGCUACAGAUCGUUCACGAAACAGCAGCAGCAGCAACAGCAGCUGCAGCAACAACAGCAACAGCAGCAUCAACAUCAGCAGCAGCAACAGCAGCAGCAGGCUCCAAACAGGAGAAUGGGGCUGUUGUGUUCCAACUGUGGCACGUCCACCACCACCCUCUGGCGGAGAAACAACCAGGGGGAGCCAGUCUGCAACGCCUGCGGACUCUACUUCAAGCUGCAUAAUGUCAACCGUCCAUUGGCGAUGAAGAAGGAGGGCAUCCAGACUCGCAAACGGAAGCCGAAGAACUCCAGCCAGGACGGAAAGUCGUCCAAGAGCUCGAGCAAGAUGGCAGCGGCCGCAGCCGCCACGGCUGCCCACGAGGCCAUGCAGGACAAUAAGAGACUCAUUCCCAUGUACGCUCCCAUGGUCACCGGGGAUCCCAACAUGGCCUAUGGCAUGCAGGUUCGCAGGGCCAGUCCCGAUAAGAGCAUGGCCUGUUCCUCCGGCGGCCUUCCUGCCUACACGCCGACGGCAGUCAUCAAGAACGAGAUGUCCAUGUCUCCGUCCCCGGGCAUGGGCGUGGACAUGCUGGGCGACUCGCACAGCCCGCGCUCCCUCUCCUCGCCUAUCGCCCCUUCUUCGGCGGCGCUCAACAAGCAUCUUCACGGCCUCCGCAUGAGCCCCCUGGACGGGCCUACCGGCGGCAGCCAGCUCAUCAUGACCAGUGACGGCCAGGCCAGCAUGUACCCGUCUGUGACCAGCGUGCUGGUGCAAGUCGAACACGGCAAGCUCCAGCAGAGCGGACCGUCAACCAUCAUCCAGCAUCAUCACUCCUCUUGAGCCGCGCCUGGAAAAAGCAGUUCGCUUCCUCUCACCUUAUACGUUCGCGGGAUCGUCCGAGGAUUCCACGCCGAUGUACCUGGAUCGUGCAAGCGUGCAAUGAAGGAACCUUUCGGGUUUCCACCACAGUCACGCCACCCCAGUGUCUCCUAGAACAGACUCUUGGGUGCAGAAUUUUGUGAUGGCACGAAAUGAGCCAAGCUUGCGCGGCAUUCAUCGAGCUGGGUUGACAACGAGAAGCGUCGAGUAAUUGUUCUGUUUUAAACUUGGUAUCACUAGUGCCAUCACGGUGGUCAACACAAAGGUCGUUGUGCCCUCUAGGAGGCACUGGCCAAGCACGCAGCUGCUGCGAUGUGUGUGAGCUGUGCAAUGGCACGACGAAAAGCUAACAACGUUAACGACGGACUGUGUUUCCUCACACAAACGGAGCGGCUGGAACAGAAUGGGGCCAAAGUAUCUACCACUGUGUCGAUUGUGAGAAAAGGGGAUGGCACUCGUUACGUGUACCGCAUGGUUUCUGUGCAAAACUGUGUUGAACACCAAGUUCCCCGAGAGGUCUUGGCUAGAUUUUCGUUACCCUCACUGGGCUACUCUCGCGUCUGGAAAAGCGUGACGCAGCGUUGGAAGACAUCGCGCGUGCCUAUAGUCACAGACUUUUGGUUCUAAUAGGGAGGUAUUCAACCUAACAAUGAUUGCUAUACGCAUAGUUGGCCAAUGCCUAGAUCGCAAAGCGAUCAAAGGGGACAAAAUUCUGUAUUUCUACAUUUGGACAGCGAUUGUAGAUUAGCAGUUCAGCUGUAAGGUAUACCAGGGUGUCGUCAAGUUGAGGCUCGAUCCUUAGUUCGCGAUUGCUUUUACUUCUUGGCAACUGGUGCUGAUUUAAGGUUGUGAACAGUUUAAGCAAACAGUGACGUGGCAUAGCUAUGUCUCAUGCCUCGCCGCAUGGCUGGUUCUGGUUUUUCCCAUCGACUGAUGCACUAAAGUCGUCAUGAGCUUACUAUAGGGCUCUAGUAAAGCAGGCAAGAUCCACUACGCUCAACUAUAUAUAUAUAUAUAUUUUUAAUCUGCCGUCUCUGCGAGCUUCCAACGCUGCAUCCCUCAAUAAUUUCUUUAUGUUUCACAACUGUGGUUAUUAGAGCCUAAGAACGACUGACCGUGGCUAAUAGAACGGCAAUUGCCACUUUACGAUUCGCUCCCUAUUUUUCUUAUUGGGUGAUGCAGUAACGUCCUUGAAUGUCAAAUGCAAGUAUCAGGCUUGUCCACAUCCUGUAAUUCUAAACUCCCAGUGACUGUGCGGAGAGCAAGUCGUCUGCUUCUUCAGCAGGUAUUGCGGUGUUGUCAUAACAACGCCGAGCGAGGAUAAUAGGUAGACCUCAAUGCUAUUUUCCGAAGGUCUACCCGUUAUUUUAUUUUUUUCAUUCAGCCAAUAAGAGUUCGGCGUUUUGACAUCAUCGCAACCCCUGUGCAAGAAGCAGACAAAAUUGUGCUCCGCAUACAGGGCGGACCAUAGAGAACCUUUUGUUUGUUCGUGCCGUUCUUUUUGUCUUGUUGUUCAUAGGUCACACUCGUGUAGAUAAGCAGGCGCAUAUUUCAUCUUUUGUGGGCUCAGGGUGACCUCUGCUGAGCAACAGUCAAAUCAGCGAGAUAUCCUUGGUGUGUGAACUUGACGCGCGUGCGCUGAUGGAAUGUGAGCACUUGUAUGCUGUGACGUACGCUUCACGUCAUAAUUAGGUAUAAUUAUCUGCCUCAACACACGAAGCGUCUGUAAAGUAAAAAAAAUUUCGAAAACAUAACGUCGGCAAUCGUGUGUUGAAUAAUUUGUCGUCGUCUACUCACUAGCACUUGGAACAGUGCGAAAUGCAAUACAACGACGGAGGAAUUUCUAAGUAUUACUUGCGUUUCCUUUUGAAACUCAUCGUUUGCAACCUUUUGAUCGCGAGAAAUUUGGUGAUUUCUUCGUGCUUUAGUUGCUAAAGAGCUGACGUACCAGGAAGUUUACGUCGUAGCCAUGGCCAUAAGCACGAGAAGUGACGGCAUCGGUUGACCGUAUUUUGCCGACUACUGUCAAAAUCGACUUUUCUUCACAUUGGUUCUGAAUGAUUUCGUCUCCUACGUCUUACGUGUCUGUACAAAUCUGUAAUAUAGCGACAAACCGUAUGCCUUAAAUUUGUGAAGUGAAAUAAACAAAAUUGAGGUUUGGA